UGCCGGACCUGUUUAUAUAAAAAAAUAGAAUAGUAAAAGAAUUUAUAAAAAGGACGUCGAAAGCCAUGCCGGACCUGUACAUUGAAGAAAGAAAAUAAAAAAAUUCAAGGCCAUCUUUUAAUGAAAUGCAUAUGAUCGGUCUGCCGUUCGUAGUAACUUACAAAUAAAAACACAAAAAUACGACGAAAAUAAAAAGUAGUAUAAACGACAAAAAGAUAACAAAAUUUUUAACCUCAAAUUUAUGAAUAGGGUGUAGAAUUUGCUACGAACGUCAAACGGAAACGGAAAAGUCAAGUUUAUGAAUCGGACUUGAAAAAGUUGUAACUUAAAAACGAGGUCGAACAAAUCUGGAAGGAAACUGUAUUUGAAUUAAUGAGACCUACGGAGUUUUAACAAUUUUACCUACCUGGGAAAUCUGGGAGCAUGGUAUAUCCAUGAUAGUUAAAGUUUUAACUAAAAACCACACGAUCACUGCUAUCUAAUUUCUGACACUAUUUGUCGAAGAUUGACAUAAGGAAGAUUUGCGUGGUUCUUAAAAACGCGGGAAAACGUUUACGCUGUUGUCAAUAGUUGGAUACUAUACUACUUGAGUAAACGACCAUUACAUAUAAAAUAAGAAGAAGAGCCAAAGUGGAAAAUGUCAUCUAACAACUCUAGUAACUUAUGUAGAAUUCUACCUAAAGUAGAACUUCACGCUCACCUCAACGGUUCAUUGAACCCUGAAAUUUUAAAAGAUCUCAGUUGUAAUGAUAACGCGAUAUCGGAAUACCAAAAAUUUUCCAACAUCACCGAUAAAACUACUUGUACUUUGGAUGAAUGUUUUAAACUGUUCGAUAUCGCAUAUCAAGCUACCAAAACUAAAGAAAAUGUCUACUUAGCUACUAAGAGUGUUAUAAAAGAUUUCGAUACAGAAAACACUGUUUAUUUAGAAUUAAGAACUACUCCAAGAAAAGAACAGAAUAUGACUAAAGAGGAAUACGUCGAAGCAGUAAUAAGAGCUAUUGAAAAUUGUAAAGAUAUAUGUAACGUCUUAGUUAAAUUGAUUUUAUCAAUAAAUAGGCGACACGAUAAACUUGAUUCUAAGGAUACUUUAAAUGUUAUUAUUAAAAUGAAAAAUAAAUAUCCAGAUAUUAUUAAAGGUGUAGAUUUGAGUGGAGAUCCGAGAGCGGGUAUAUUCGAUGAAGAGUUGUUCGAAAAAGUUCGAAAACUUGAUCUAAAGACAGCCAUACAUUGCGCGGAAGUUAAAAAUGAUGAGGAAGUUGGGAAAAUAUUAGAUUUCCAACCGGAUAGAAUAGGACAUGCUAUAUUCCUACAUCCCGCCUAUGGGGGCUCAAAGAUUAAUUGGGAAAAAUAUUGUGAGAAAAAAAUUCCAGUUGAAUGUUGUUUGACAUCGAAUGUGAUAACUACGAGUAUGGGAGGGUAUCAAAAUCAUCAUUUGAGGGAAUGGAUUGAUUCAAAUCUUCCAUUUUCCAUUAAUACUGAUGAUAGAGGGGUGUUUGGUACAACUUUAUCGAAAGAGUAUGAAUAUGCUUUGAAUCAUUUCAAAUUAAUGCCAUUGCAGUUAUGGGAUAUUAGUUUUAAUGCAAUGGAACAUUCUUUUGCAACUGAGAUUGAAAAAAGUAUGAUUCAAAAGGGAUUAAUCGAAUGGAAAGUUCAAAAUUUGGAAAAAUUUAAUUUAAUAAAUUGAAGAAAUACAU